CGGUUAGAGGACGAUGUUUGGAAAACCCUCAAGGUUAUUUACACUACGGAUAUUUCCAGGCACGCGCCGAGCGAACGGACGUUGACACGUACACAGAAAACUUGACACGUUGAAGUUUUGCCUCCAUGUGCUUCCAUAUCAGCACAGCGAGCUACAGCUGUGGUCUCUGCCUGUCCUUUUCGGUAGGGAAUGCAACUAGCUGUCGUCAUGGCUCAACUUCUCACGCUAAUCUCGCUGGUUUCCCUCCUCUUCGUGGCCAAGACUUUCAUUCAGACGGCAGAGAGCGAGACGGAGGAAAACACAACCCCAACCACGACUUACGAUGAGUGGUAUCAGAGUGGUAUGGACUCCUACAACAAGGAGGACUGGGAAGACACCAUUUACUACCUGGAGAAAGCCUUGGAAGAGUUCAAUUUCUACCGAUCUAGUCUGGUAGAAUGCCGCCUGAAAUGCUCGAAUGUCACCCGUACGCGUGCCUCCAGCUCGCAGAAGGACGAGGAAAAUUUAUUGACGGAGAUGCAGUACUUCCAGGGACUGUUCCUGAAGGCCAACUGCGUCCGAAAGUGUAAAUUCGACAAGUUGGGCAACCGUCCGCAGCUCAUCGACAAUGAUUUGACGGACAAGUUCCUGAGCCGGAUGCCUUAUAGUUAUUUGCAGUUUGCUUAUUACAAGAGCUUUGAAUAUGAGAAAGCGGUUGCGGCUGCCUAUACGUACGUGCAGUGGCACCAGGAUGAUGAAGUGAUGCAGAACAACCUUGAGUAUUACCGUAACCUACACGGCAUCACAGAGGAACAUCUGGUCGACUUGGAGGAGAGACCACACCAUAAAUAUUUCAUGGAGGGGUACAAAGCCUACGAGAGGGGUGAUUUUGCUGCCGUCAUCGAGAACAUACACAAGGCUCUGGAGCAUUACUGGAAAGUAGACGAGGAAUGCCGGGCGUUAUGCGAAGGAAAGUACGAGAACAGAGAAUUCAUGGACUUGUAUGAAGCUAUAUCCAAUCACUUUGCCUCUGUCUUGUACUGCAAGAGCCAGUGUGAGGAAUGGAACUCCCGAAUGAAAGGGACCGUCAUCGAUAACUACCUGCCGAAUCACUACCAUUACCUGCAGUAUGCAUACCACAAAGAGGGUAGAAUGACAGAGGCAGUGAAUGCUGCGGCCUCAUUCCUGGCUCUGGUACCCAACGACCCCACAAUGACCUCCAACAUGCAUUAUUACGAAGACGAGGAAGGGGUCAGCAAGUACACCGUCCAGCCUGCUGAUGAGGCGGUGGCGUAUCAGCGACGCAAGGACCUGGAGCAGAAGAUGCUGCAGUUUGCUAAGCUCCACUUCUGGGGGGACGAGGACCAGGAGUAUUUAGAGGAGCAUUACCGGAGCACAGCUCAGGCAAUGCUCUACCAAGACCAGGCAGAGCCUAUUAACCCAGACGAGGUCCUCCUGGGUGCGGAGAUCCUGGAAGCCCUCCAAACUGGCCAGAGCUUUGCUGAAAACCAUGCCGACGACCCAGAAGAGGUCAUGACCCCACCCGAGGAAAUCUGGGCCGAUUACACAGACGAGGAAGAGGAGGAGGUGGAUGUGGAACACUUCCCAGAGUACUAUUUUGAGAAGCCGGAAGAGAUUUGGCCAGAGGAUGAAUUUGUUCUGAUGGACGAGGAUGACUUUGGAGACGAGCCUGUGAAGGAGUACUCUCCAGAGCCAGGAGUUCUUUAUGGAGAAGAUGAUGAAGAAGACGAAGAAAGGACUAGAGAUCAUUUCUUGGAUGCAAACGAGAUGGCAGCAUCUGAUGAAGACAAGGAGAGAACUUCAAAUUCUGAAAAAUUCGGCCCGAGAAGCAAAAUGAAGAAGGAUGAUUUUGUUGAUCCCAAUUUGGGUUACCAUGUUGACGACAGCGGCAUCAAGUGGCCAAGCAUUAAGGAUGAUAGUAAGGCCGAGAAACGGCCGGAAGUUCCAACCCAGAGGACAGAUGGGUCCAGGAAUGAAGCAGAUGAUGUGAUGGAAGGGAUAUCAGCACUGGAGGGUCUAAAGAAGUCCUUGUCAAAACAGGAUUUAUUUCCCAGUGGUCCACCGCGGGCGGGGCCGUCCAUACAGGGGCGACGCUACAUAGAAGAUUUUGACAAUGAGCAGGUGAUCGAGGAGCCAAGUUACGUGCCAUCACUGGACGGCGUAAAGCUGUACAUGAACGCUGCCAUGCUGAACGGGACAAAACGCAUGGCUGCAGACAAACUGGCAACACAGAUAGAAUGCGAUAAUUUGAUCAAGCUAAUGGAUAUUGAAUCAAAGAUGGGUGAUGGUUAUAGCGGCAAGGUCUACCCUCAUACCAAAUAUGAAUCCUUCGAAGGGAUGACAGUCCUAGUUGCUGUCAAGGCUGCCAAAGUUGGCCGAGAAAUGAACUUAAGACUCUUCCCCAUUUGUUCUUUGGUGACCAGAUUCUUUACACCUUCCAGAACAGACCUCAGCCACCCAAUCCAUGCAGAUAACUGUAGCUUAGACGAUGCCCACGUGUGCCACAAGACCCCACCCGCCUACACAUGGCGGGACUGGAGCGCCAUACUCUACCUCAAUGAAGACUUUGAAGGAGGGGAAUUCGUGUUUGCACACCCCAACAUGACCUAUCAGGCCCAUUUAAAGCCCAAGUGUGGCCGGCUGGUGGUCUUCUCUGCUGGUGAGGAGAACGUCCACGGUGCCAAGGCAGUCCUGUCUAGCCGUCGGUGUGCUCUUGCUCUCUGGUUCACCGAGGACCCGCGUUACCAGGAGCAGGAGUUCAACAAGGCUGCCGUCUUGUUCAGGGAAACUUGGGAGGAGCAGGAAGCCAUGAAGAAGAGUUGAGGGGCGGCAAAGACAGAGUUAUGAGAAUAACUCAACAUUUAUUACAUAUCUAAAAAAUGGGGGGUUUAUUGGGACUUGAUUCAGGACAAGGCAGAGUGCUGGUCAAAUUGAUAGCAAUUUAUUAUAUAUGGGAAACAUCAUCAGGGAUAAGAUGGGAAUUAAUCUUCAGAGGCUGAAAAAGUGACAAAACAUCAUCUGAAAGUAACUAUGCUGUAAAUAAAGUACAAAACAUUGUAUAUGUUUGGAGAAGUUUUUAUCAGAAAGGCUGUCUUUUUUCGCUUUAUUGACCUACAUCAUGGUGACUUCCAUUCCACAAUACUGCUGCACCAGAGGUACAAAAUGACCGUAUCAUGAUUUUAUUUGAAGAUAGUUUGACAGCAACGCAAGAGGCUGAUUUUGUGCAGUACACUUAUUUUAAUGUUUUAAAAGUUUAAAUAUCAAAGGUAAGAAAUGAUAAAUUGGAGUGAGAUUUGCUCUCCAUGACUUGUGUAAACAAAACUUUGAUGUUAGAAAUUAUAUGCAAUAAAUUAACACUUCGAAGGAUUUAUCUUGAUACCACAGAAAAUGAAAUGAAGAAAGCAGGAGUAACUGAAACUAUUCUUUAGUUACUCUAAGAAUGGCCAUUCACACUUGCACCUGGCGUUGUCUGUCAUAUCAUUAAUGAAGACUGUAGGCCUGCCCAUCUAUCUGAUGGGAUUACAAGAUUAAACGUGAUCGUUCAAGCGUGGCAGAGCUUGACGUCCAAGUGUACAUGUCUCAGUUUUCUACAGAAAUGUAUACCAAUCCGAUGAGAUACAUGUACCAUCACUUUGGUGACUUCAGUAGUGGAUUUCCUUGUAUGUGCUCUAGUUACACCCUGCAAAGCCAUCUUAAGACCAUCACCAGACCUCCAGUCUUAAAUCAAGUUACAAGCCAUUCAAAUGAGCUGCAUCGAAAUCGUUUGAUCCUUUGUCACGUUGUUAGGAGUCUUGUUUCCUGGUGGUUCUGUGAUUGUCUCGACAACGGUGCUGCUUUCUUUUAGAUUAGUUAUUAAAACCCUGGGAAUAGACCUAUCUUCUUCAUGUUAUAAAUACGGACCGUCCGAGUUUGCAGAAACUUCAUCUUAAGCUAGGUAUUAAACAACUGUUGCCAUGGUAUUAGUUUGGUGCUUAAACGUUUUUAAAGUAAUAGGUGUCGGCAGUUUUUAAUAUUUUUUAAUCGUUGUAAAUGUACCGAGGGCCAGCCAUGCUUUGCCAGAAAUUGGGUAGCAAAAACGAUGACUGACGUAAAUCAACAGCGUUUUGUAAAGCCAUCACUUGCCAUCGCUCGCCAUGACAGAAUCUGCCAAUAAUACACACUGCACAGUGAAGAAAGACAUGUUGAAAAAAAGCAGACUUUCAAUGUUUAUGCCGUCCAUCGUAUCAUGCUUCAUGCCAAAUAGUCUCCAUUGUCAGAUGCUACAGUAGCAUCGUUGUAUGAGUAAAAUGCGUGUUGGACAUUUUUUGUUUAAUGUCCAUACCUCAGACCAACUAAUUAAAUCGGCUUGUUUGAAAUAGUGUGCCAUUAUUUAUAUAUGUGUAUUUUUAUUGCUUAGAGUAAGGCAGAAUUUGGCUGUUUGAAAUUGAAUCUUACCUCAUGGCCCUCUGCCAAAGACAGUGACAGUGAGUUAGAAAAGCAUGUCCCCAUCUUAGCGGAUGUCGCUAUAUUCAGAAAAGCAGCACUCCUUACACUGCCAAGAGGAACACAUACAUGCGCAGUGUUUAAAUAGGUCAUUGUGUGUGGGUUAUCAUUCGUUUUCAGCAAAUCAUUCAGCGAGUUCUGUUUUUGUGCCACGUUGUAAUUUUUGUGAUUUCAUUGUUUUUUGUUUAGACGUUUUCAGUUUUACAUAACGAUUAUUUUCUUGAAGCUAAAUCUUGCUCCGGAUGUGGCAAGAAACGCGCUUAAACGCCACAGCAUGCUUUUCAUUCCAGAACGAUUUUUGCACAAAAUUACAAUUUUAAUUUUGAUAUUCAAGAGCGCAAUAAAUUUCAGGAUGAAAAUUGUUUUCUUUCAUUAAAGAAUGCCAGUAUGUGUGCAGGGCACCCGGCCCUGUCAGCGUAGCAACCCUAUCUUACUACCCACCGCUGUAAACCAGGCUUUCCCACCAACAUGGCGACAUUCGAACCGUGGAAGUAAAAUGUCACCGUAUUAUGUAAUAGAUGUACUGUUUUCGCGCCACGUUGUGAUUUUUGUGGUUUCAUUGUUUUUUGUUUCGACGUUUUCAGUUUUACAUAACGAUUGUUUUCUUAAAGCUAAAUCUUGCUCCGGAUGUGGCAAGAAACGCAGUUAAUCGCCACAGCAUGCUUUUCAUUCCAUAACAAUUUUGCACAAAAUUACAAUUUUAAUUUUGAUAUUCAAGAGCGCUGUAAGUUUCAGGAUGAAAAUUGUUUUCUUUCAUUCGAGAAUGCCAGUGUGUGCGCACGGCACCCGGCCCUGUCAGCGUAGCAACCCUAUCUUACUACCCACCGCUGUUAAUAAACGAGGCUUUCCCACCAACAUGGCGACAUUCGAACCGUGGAAGUAAAAUGCUACCGUAUUAUGUAAUAGAUGUGCCAGACUUAUAAGUGAAGUGUAACGUUGAUAACGCAUUUUCAAUGACUUUUUCCAUUCAAAACUCUGUAAAGCCACUCAUGUGUUGAGGAUAUUAAACAACAUGACCGGUGAAGAAACUAAAAAAAAAAAAAAACCAGAAGAGCCAUCCUGAAUUUAAACCAGAGACAUCGUCCACACUUUACCUUUUCCUUGCCCUUUUGCCUAAUGGAAGGGAUGGCUUUCCCGAUCUGUUCCAUAUGCUGGCAUUUUCUUACUCAUGACUCGGCUGUAGCCGACAUGAGCACUAACAUCUUCGAGCUGAGGUAAAAAGAGGUGGUUCGGCGUAAAAUAACCUACCUUUCAAAACAGUCAAACCUCCAAAAUAGAAGCACUGUUUAAUAGAUUUUGCUUAUAACAAAGAUUAUUUAGGUCCCAAUGCAUUAUUUUUCAUUGAUGUUUAGGUUCUAAGUUUAUAAAUAAGGUAAUGUCGAAAGUCCGAAGGACUUCUUAUUCGUGAGGUUCGUCCCCACCAAACUAUUUCCAUUACCGUAUUGCGAAUUUUAUGCAUCAUCCUGCGAGCUUGGUUACGAUUUAUGGUUUGUGAUCACUAUUAUUGCCGUUGUUUCUGCAACUUCAAAAUUUAAGAUGUAACUUAGACAAAAAAAGGCUUGUUUCAAUCACAGGACAAUUUUUGUGUCUAUAUUUUAUGAUACCAACAAUGAAUAUUGUUACUUUUGCGAGGUUUGUAAUGUUGAAAUAUGUACAUUUCUUAGGGGUGAGCGUUUAUAUCCGUUUGUUUGCGUUGCCUUAUCUUUACUGAUAAGGUAGUAACUUUGUUUGAUUUUGCAACAAGAAGACAUCAUCUUGCUAUUUAAUUGUAUGUUCCUGUUUUUACAUCUGGAAGUACUUGUAAAUAAAAGAAUAUGAAUUGAA